GGACCUUCAGAGUUCUGGCCACCAUUCACUUGCAUUGAAUGUACCAACAGAGCCGAGAUAAAUAAUAAUAAUAAUAAUAAUAAUAAAACCUUUCUAAAAAUCUUCGUUGUGUUCUGCAGAAGAAAUAAAGUCAUACACAUCUAGGAUGUCAUGAGGGUGAGUAAAUGAUAAGAGAAUUUUCAUUUUUGGGUGAACUAUCCCUUUAAUAAAAUUGCGGAACUAUUCGAAGCUGAAGCACGAGUUUCCAGACGGGCGCUUUAUUCUAACGCACCUCCAUGCUGUUUGUUGAUGGUGACCUUCUUCAGUCUGUAACAUAAGAUGUACUAUUAUUAUCACAGACUUAUGUUGAUAUUUGUUUGAUAGUAGUUUAAAGCGUUGCAGAUGUUAUGAUCAUGGCUUUAAACACAAUUGGUCAGCCUUGCAAGGACUUGUUUAGGUGUCUUCAGGCAGUUGCCACCCACAGGUGCUUGCAAGCAACAUCCAAAUUUCACUCCACAGUCUCUCAGUCAAACUCCAACAGGACUUCUGUGGUCUGCUUUGGGAGGCAGAAAUAUGAGAGGAUGUAUACAGUUCUGCUCGUUAAACCUGACGGCUCUACCAUCAACAUAAGAUAUAAAGAGCCCAGAAGAAUAAUGAUGAUGCCUGUGGAUAUCACCACCCUCACUGAGGAGGAGAGGAAAAUCAGGCUGCGGAAAAGAGAACCAAAGAGGGGAGCUGUCAAACAGAAAUUGGAGGAGUUUGAGGAUGAUUUCAAAGUGGAUGAUUACAGCAAAUUCUGGAAAAAGAAAUGAAUGGACUGAAAUCUUGUAGUUAAUUACUUAGUAUUUACAUUGUCUCACAUGUAAAAAAAAAAAAAUGUGUCACCUUGCCAUUAAAAAGUCUUGUUUUGUG